AGCCUCAAUUUCUCUAAAGUUUCUCUUUUGAAUUCUCAUUCACGGGAGAACCCUUGUUUUAUUCAGCCUUCUUCUCACUGCAAAACGAUGAUCCGAUCCCCCCACGUGAUCCUCACGUGCUCAAACCUACCCCUUCGUUCAUCGCAAUGGCUGCCGCUGCCGAUCGUCAUUUGAACUCUACUUGACCCACCAAACCAAAUCAAACAAAACCCAUUUCCUAAUUUCCCUUUCAACUUUAUAUAACGUUUCCUUGAUCCAAUCAUCGCCUCCUUCUUCUUCACUCUCUCUCUCUCUCUCUGUUUUACUCUUUCCAACAGAACCCAUGUAUCUCUCUGUUCCUCACUACCCCUCUCUCAAAUUCCCCGCCCUUCAAUCUCAUAAGAGGGAUUUUCGAGUGCUUGCUGUGGCUACAAAUGAGGCCUCCAACUAUUUGCCGGAGGCUCCGAUUUUGAUUCCUGAUGGUCCAUGGAAGCAGAUUGAUGGAGGAGUUACUGCUGCUAAGGGGUUCAAAGCUGCAGGGCUAUAUGGAGGACUACGAGCAAAGGGAGAGAAGCCUGACCUUGCACUUGUUACUUGUGAUGUUGAUGCCAUUUCUGCUGGAGCAUUUACAAAGAAUGUAGUUGCUGCAGCACCAGUGUUGUAUUGUAAAAAAGCAUUGGACAUUUCACAAACGGCACGUGCAGUGCUAAUAAAUGCUGGUCAAGCCAAUGCCGCUACGGGGGAUGCUGGUUAUCAAGAUAUGAUAGAAUGUGUGAACAAUCUUUCAAAGAUCCUUCAAAUAAGGCCAGAGGAAGUACUAGUUGAAUCUACUGGAGUGAUUGGUCAUAGAAUAAAAAAGGAUGCACUUUUGAAUUCUCUUCCAAAACUAGUCAGGUCCCUUUCAUCUUCAGUUGAAAGUGCAGCUUCUGCAGCAGUGGCAAUUACCACAACUGACCUUGUUAGUAAAAGCGUGGCAAUCGAGUCCCAAGUUGGGAGUUCAACCAUAAGAAUUGGAGGAAUGGCAAAAGGUUCGGGCAUGAUUCACCCGAAUAUGGCUACUAUGCUCGGUGUUGUUACAACAGAUGCCGUGGUUGCUAGUGAUGUUUGGAGAAAGAUGGUACAAAUCUCUGUUGAUCGAAGCUUCAAUCAGAUUACGGUGGAUGGGGAUACAAGUACCAACGACACCGUCAUUGCUUUGUCGAGUGGCUUGUCAGGAUCCAGAUCUAAUAUAAUUUCGUCAUUGAAAAGCCGAGAAGCAGGACAGCUUCAAGAAUGCCUUGAUGUGGUGAUGCAAGGCCUUGCCAAGUCAGUAGCCUGGGAUGGAGAAGGUGCUACCUGUCUGAUUGAGAUUACAGUGACUGGUGCAAAUUCAGAAGCUGAAGCAGCGAAAAUUGCUCGUUCAGUAGCAGGCUCGUCACUUGUAAAGUCAGCCAUAUAUGGCCGAGAUCCAAAUUGGGGACGGAUAGCAGCGGCUGCUGGAUACGCAGGGGUACCAUUCGAGCAGAUGAAACUCAAAGUGUCUCUAGGAAACAUUCUCCUCAUGGAUGGAGGAGAACCCCAAUCUUUUGACAGGGCUGCAGCAAGUAACUAUCUCAGAAGAGCUGGAGAAACCCAUGAUACAGUCAGAAUUUACAUUUCCAUAGGCGAGUUCUUCAAAUAACACAUUACAUUUUCACUUCUUUACUUAAGGUGAUGGGCAAGGAGAAGGACGAGCAUGGGGUUGCGACUUGAGCUAUGACUAUGUUAAAAUAAAUGCUGAGUAUACUACAUAGAUUGUUGGCAAGGCAGCUAGCUACAACAGAAUAAAUAUAUCCUGCAGUCCUUUGAAGAAUUGUGUAUAGACCUUUAUCUAUAGAUACCCAAGCAUGUUUGAUCCUUUGGGGGAAUUAUAUUAAUUGAAAUCAAUUAGUUGAGUUAAAUUAAUUUUUCUGAUUAAACUCAUCUUUGGACAAGAUCUAAAUUAUACUUGAGUUAUUCCAAUUUCAAAGCUCCA